CCGGGCAAAAAACAAUAACAGUCGGCUUUGGUUUUUGUUUACGCUGCAAACAUGACUAUUUUGUACAAAGUCGAGGGCAAGGAGUUCAGCAAGGACAGUGUUUUCCCGCACAAGAAGGUCCUCUGCUCCGUGUCCGCGCGUAAUAUCGUGGCUUUCAGCGCCCUACAGAGCGCCAUAGUUCCGUCCUCCCACGGCGGUGAAGCCGGCGAUGGUUCCUUGCCGGGAUCGGGAUUGGGAUUGGGUGUGGGCGCCAGCAACAGCCAUGUCUACGUGUGCGACAUUGUGACGCCCUGGGAAUACUACAAGGUGUGCUCCUCCAAGUCCCUGAUCAGCGUGCUCCAGUGGAGUCCCAAUGGGGAGCAGCUGCUGCUCGGCUACGUCGGCGGUCGCGUGGAGAUCUGGCAGCCGAGGAUCCAGUCCAUCAACCUGUGGCUCCUCCAGUACCACGCCACCGUGCCCAGCGAGGACAUCAUUGCGGCGCAGUUUUUCCACAGCGGCAAGGGGGUUAUCUUCAAUCCGCAGAAGAAGGAUCACACCUACUACGCGGAGAAGUUCGAGCGGCUGGAGCAGCAGAAGCCCACGCUAAGCGGCUUCGGCGGAGUGCCCAGCGAGGGCUGUGUGCUGCUCACCUCCUCCGGCCUGCUGGCCGCCUUCAAUCUGCCCGUGCUCCAAAAGGUAUCAGCAGGAGGAGGAUCUGUGGAGGGUCCUGCUCACGAGAUCGUGGAGUUGACACCCACUCUGCACAGCAUCGGCAUCUCGCGCAGCUUCAUCGAGCACUGCAGCCUGACGCCCAGUCCCUCGGGCGCCCUGAGCGUCGCCUUCAGCUGCGGCUGGCAGCAGCAGUUGGUGCAGUGCCACCGGAUCUCUCUCUGCCUGGAGGGCGAACUGGGUCUGGAGCAGCAUCUGGUCAUCAAAUCCGAGUCGCAGGCCAGCAUUUUCCUGGGCCCCCUCGACGGCAGGCGCAUCAGUCACCUGAAAUGGACACGGGUGGCCAGCGAUGAGGUGAUCUUCAUAGCCUACGCCUGUCCGAAUGGCGGUGGCAGCCAGUUGGAGCAGUGGACGCUGACCCGCCGUCACCAGAGUGUCCACGCUCUGCUCCAGGGCGGCGGAGGCGCCAACAGCAAGCCCAAUGAGUUCGUGCAAUCGGAGAGCUGGGAGCAGGUGGGCAAGGUGCAGCUGAAUGCAUCCUUGGCCGACAUCAGCGUAACACGACUAUCGGUCUCCGCGCCGGACUGCUGCCAGGUGUACGCCAUCCUGCAGGACAACAGUGUCCAGGUGCUGGAGCCCAAUUCCCUCAAGCAGCUCAAUCACACGCAGUUCGAAAAGGUUUCGGACGCCAGCGGAGGGGUAAAUUUCGUUAGUGGCGACCUGACGCCCACCAGCCAAAUGCUGCUGAUCUUCGACAGCCACGCCCAGCUGCACGCCAUGCAGGCACCCCUGCUGAAGCAGGCGGGAUCCGGUUUGCUGCUGCUCGAGUACUGCAUCGUCACUGGCUGCGAUGCCAGCGAUGUGCUGCUCCUCAAUCUUGGCAAUCUGGAGGCGCUCGUGGAGAAGCUAACGGACAAUUUUACGCGGCAACCUUCGUAUGUGCGCCACUACUACUAUGCUAACUUUUUGGCCUUGAAAUCAAAUCUGUGCCGCGUGCAGCAGCAGGAGUUCGACAAUCUGAUCAUCUUGCACGCCAUAUCCACGACAUUCAAGAGCCUACUGCGACCCUCUGAUCUCGGUUUUCAGGACAAGGGACCCGCCGAUAAUUUGGCCAUUAAACUGGCCGAAUCCAUACCGGAUGUGGACACCGUGAUGCUCAACCUGGAUGCCAAGGACUUCACGGUGGAGCCAGUGAUGCUGCAGAGUCUGCAGCAACUGAUCCAGUGGGUCACCGACCUGGCGCUCAAUAUGCUGCAUCGCCUGCCCGAGGAAGUGAUGAAGAGCAAGCUGUCCGGCAAGCGACCCAGCUACGAUAUCAGCCGGGACAUCGUGGCCAUCGGCAGUCUGCGCGAGCUCCUGGUCAUGAUCCGCAUCUGGGGUCUGCUGAACACCCAGUGCCUGCCUGUCUAUACCAAGACGAUGGACAACAUCGAUGUGCUGGUCAUCCUGUUUCGUCUCCUUACGCGCUUGGCCCAGAAUCCCGCGGAGCCGGACGAAAUGCUGCUGGACGAGUGCAGUCUGCUGUCCAAGCAACUGCUAAUUCCCCAGCCCACCAAGUUCAACCCCACCACGCUGCUGAGUGCCCAAGGAUUCGCGGCCGUCAAGUCGGGCCAGCUGCAGUUUACCUCGCUGGUGGAACCAUCUUGCCUGCAGGACGUGGAAACCGAGGAGGUGGUCUUCGCCCGCUCGGUGAAGGAUGGCGUGAGCAAUCUUCAGCUAGGCGCCCGGCCCAGCACCAUCCGGAGGUGCGCCCGCUGCGGAUUCGUCUUCGUCAACAACGCCAGCAAGGUGGCCAAGACGUCGGCCCUGAAGGCGUGGUUCAGCAAGUGGCUGCACUGCCACUGCGGCGGCUUUUGGAAGCAGAUUCACUAGGUCGUCAG